AUGGGGAACGAGAUCAGUAGUGAAGAGCCAUGGCCUCGCCAGCCCCAUCGAUAUGACCGCCCUGAAGCGACUCCGGCUCCGGGUCCGGCUCCCGCUGUCAUUGCUCGAUACAUCACUUCCCUUUGCGUCGGAGAAGACAUCAAGAAUGUCAAAGUCAUUGGCAAUCGGCACAUAGUCACGGUAGGGACCACCAAGAAUCGAGACGGUUAUAGACACUUCAUGGUUUGGCACGCCGGAACAGGUCAGCACAUUCCCAUCUAUCGGAACGACAUUGACUUCAACGAUGUUGCCGACCGUAGUGGCGAGCAGGAUAGCGAAUAUGAUGAUGGCCAACCCGGAUCCUCUGAUGUUCGUCGCGAGGCAUAUCGAGCAUAUCGAGCAGAUCGAGCAUAUCGAGCAUAUCGAAUUGCAAAUUACAGAGACAGAGGAAGCGGCCUUCGACCGGGACAGCCUCAAAAGCAUGGAAACAGCAAGACGGCCGGCAAAGCCUCCCAAAUUCGGCCAGGCGUGACGCUUAACUAUCACGUCAGUGGUGACAUCGUCUUGUCGCCGAAAUUUGACCACGGUUGUUCCUUCCUACGACCCGACCACAAGAGCGCCAGCAUCGACAACGUCGACAUACACGAACAAGCCAGCUCCAGUGGACCCGACGACCUAGGCAGUCUCUGGCUCCCUGUAGCUAUCUCCCCGAAUCCCGGUUCUAUCCCAGGGUUCCCUGAAGUCUACGCCGGCGUACGUUACAAGCACACGACGGAUUUGUGUAUUGUGGGGAUCUCACCGACGCGAAGGCUGGAGAGCUCCUGGAAGGUCCACGAUGAUGAGAUCACACACCUGGCAUUCACGAGCAACGGCCAGCACGUCGUCAGCUUGGCGAAGAACAAGACUUGCCGGAUUACUAGCAUCACCUUCGGCCCGAUGUUUGAAGAGAGGCGUUUUCACACCAAAUACAAAGCGAGCAUGCUUCAAGUGGCCGGGGACCCCCCGAUGAUUGUGUCGGUUUGGGGCACUGACGUGCAUAUCUGGUACCCAUGGGCGAACACUGAGCAGUUCUGGUCGUACAGCUUGAACGAGCCCAGGAAAACGCGAGUCGUUCCGCUAUGUAUUUCUGGCGACUGCCAAUAUCUAGCUUGCGGCACGAACGAUGGCUUCGACCUCAUCUAUGUGGCAUCCGGUGAGCCAUUUGUGAAGGGCCUAGGGCGAGGGUUGGGGCUAUGCGACAUUCAGAAGGGGGCAUUCGGCGCAGACUGCCAGUCCAUCGUCGUCGCAACCGCAGACAAUCGUGUUCACACCUUUGAGCUUGACGGAAUGGGGCGGGAUCAACAUAAAAGACCAUGCCCAGAAACGGAGAACAGACAUCCAGGUGAAGAGCACGGGCGCCGGGUGACCUUUGCAACAGGUCAAGAUAAUCAUCAUCAGGCUGGUGCAGGACAGGAGAGGAGCAUCAAGAUAGAGGGCGUGUUUUGGGGUGUCACCGGCAGUCCUGGGACAGACCCGCCGCCUUAUACGCGUUAG